AUGGUGAAGGAAAAUGCGACGGGCCAGGACUGGCUAGGGUUGACACUUGGGUCCGUGGAUCCGUUUUCCGGGUCUGCUCAUGUACGCAGCAGCAAAUACGCCUGUGACUGGCGGAAAACACGAGUGGACUUCCAUAUAAGACCUGGCCGCUCUCACCCCAACACCACAAACCCCCUCCGAUUCUGUCAACAGGAGCACUUGAGCCCCAACCACCGACCGCUUCCUCCGUACGACACAUACAACAGAAUGGGCGUCAGUAUUUGUCGUGGAUAUGUUGCAGAGUGUGAAGAGAAAAUGGGGAAGACACAAAUGAUUGGAAUGCUGCUGGCAGUGAUAGUGAUCGUUGCCUGUCUGUGGGAGAGCGUGGAUGGUGCUGACAGUUGUCAAGUUGGGGGCACGACAGCCUGCAGUGAGGAGUGCAAGAAGCAGGGUUGCAAGAAGGGAGAAUGCCAAGGCGAGAAUGGCAGCCAAGCCUGCAAAUGCACCAUGCAGAAACUCAGAAAAUGGGUACCUGUUGUAUGCGUCGUACGAAGGAAGCGAUCGGUGGUUGAGAAGCAAGUGUUCCUGGUGAAGUCGCAGGGGGUUUGUGGUGAUGGGGUGAGAGCAGCUCGAUCUUAUAUGGAAAUCCACUCAUGUUUUCCGCCAGUCACAGGCGUUGAUGCUGCUGCGUACACGUGCAGACCCGGAAAACAGAUCCAGGGUCCUGACUGCCAACCCUAGCCAGUCCUGGCCCGUCGCAUUUUCCUUCCUCGUCCAGUAAGAGGAAAGAACUAUCAUUCUCAUGAACAUCUAGCUCCAUAUAGUUACUGUUUUUUUUUUAUCUUCCUCUGUAUAUCUCGUGAUGGU